AAUCACCAGACAAUAUUACUUCUUACAUGGCAACCGAUCAUGGCUCUCCCUGGCUGUUAGAAACCAGAAAUACCGGUGUCCCAUCUCCCAUCCGACCUUCACAUUAAACCCACACUACCGCGUCGAUAAAAAAUCCAAUCUUUUCAAGAGGCAGAUCCCAAAAUCACUAGUCUUUUUUCUCCUCUUUCGCCGUUGGUUUCGAGGUAGAAAGUGAAAAAUGCCAGGGGAUGAUGACAUCGAGAGCAGGGAAGGAACGGUGAAGAGGAACAGCUAUAACAACGAUGACGACAACAACAAUAAUAGGAGCAGCGUUUAUGCAUCUUCAUCAACUUACGUGAUUGUGGAUACUGAUUCCCAAUGGACAUCGUGGUUGGUUCCCAUGGUCGUGGUGGCUAAUGUUUCUGUUUUUGUCGUCGUUAUGUAUGUCAACAAUUGUUCGGAUCACAGGCACACGAGGCUUGCCGGCAACUGCGUGGCAACGUUUCUUGGACGCUUCUCUUUUGAGCCUUUGAGGGAGAAUCCUCUCUUUGGUCCCUCUUCUUCAACAUUGAAUAAGUUGGGAGCCCUUGAGUGGACCAAAGUUGUGAUUAACCAUCAAGGAUGGAGGCUUAUUACCUGCAUUUGGCUGCAUGCCGGCAUCAUUCAUCUUCUAGUUAACAUGCUGAGCCUGGUCUUCAUUGGCAUACGCCUCGAACAACAGUUCGGAUUCGUGCGGGUAGGAAUCAUUUACCUCUUGUCAGGAUUCGGUGCGAGUGUGCUUUCCUCUCUAUUUAACCGAAACAACAUCUCUGUCGGUGCUUCCGGCGCUCUUUUCGGGCUUCUUGGUGCAAUGCUUUCUGAACUUAUCACCAACUGGAGCAUAUACACAAACAAGGCUGCGGCUUUGUUCUCUCUUUUGAUCAUCAUUGCCAUUAACCUUGCAAUAGGGAUUUUGCCACAUGUUGAUAAUUUUGCUCAUAUCGGUGGGCUCAUCACCGGGUUUCUCCUCGGCUUCGUUCUGCUAUGUCGUCCUCAGUUCGGGUCGUUAGAGAGAGAGAAUCUUCCAGCUGGUACUCCUUUUAAAUCCAAUUACAAGCCUUACCAAUAUGCCCUGUGGCUGGUUUCCGUGGUCCUGCUGGUUGUGGGGUUGACAGUAGCAUCGGUGAUGCUGUUCCGGGGAGAAAACGGAAACGAUCACUGCCGUUGGUGUCGCUAUCUAACCUGCGUCUCCACCUCUAGAUGGGAUUGCAAUGAAAACUAGCACUGCAUAAGCUACCAUCCUCUUUGGAGAUCUCUUCUUCCUACAUUCAUUUUGUAAAUGCAUAGUUGUUAAUUGUGAGUGAUGUCUCGUCUGAUUUUGCUUUCUUUCUUUUAAACAUCCGAGGACCGUUGUUGUAAUUACUUUUACAUCUCUAUAAUGAUUGCAUAUUAUGCCAAA